AAAAUUGUUUAGAUAAUUUUUGACGUAGUUUUGGGCCUGGUAUCAUAAAGAUUUGAUAAAAAAGGUCAUUUUCGAUUAAGAUUAUACAAAAAACCGGAUCAGAAUAUUUUUCGAGCAGAUGUGAAUAUACUCCCUGGACUAACUGGUGCUGUGGCAAAUUCCGACGACUUGUGACAAUUUUUGUCAAACAAGUGUCGUGUCAUAUUUCCUAUAAAAUUUCGUAAGGUCCUUAUCUCAAAAAAAUGCCUGACGAAGUAGAUCACGUACUGCUCAACGCUUUGCUACCUCAAUUAUGUAAGCAUAAAUCAAGAAUCGAAGAUUAUUUCAUAGUUAAACCUGGAAAACAACAGACAGAGGAAGAGGCGGAACAUGAAGAGAAAGCUGUGCAAAGUUCAAACUUUUACGUAUUUCAUGAUCCUAACAUAAAUAUUCCUCAUCCAGAACCAAACGUUUAUGCUUACUUAGAUAAGGAAGGCAUUCUCACCUUACUCAGUUGUAAAAAUACUAAGAUGGUCAGGAAAAAAAUUGGUGGGUAUAUGGAUUUUCUGUGAAUCUUGGUACGACGCAUUUCGCCAUAUUCAUUAGCUGAGAUGUUCAAAUUACAGAAGUUUGAAAAUAGAUUCUUUACUAAAUGCUCAUCAUCCCAAAGGAACUCCAAGAUACAUAUUCAUUGAACUAAUGUACAAUGUAGUGAAAUUUUGCAAGAAAGCACAAUUUAAUUUGGAAAAAUGUGGUGCUAUUUUAUCCACAUUUUAUAUGACCCACAAUUAUGUUAUCAGUAGAUUCGAUGUGUCUGCAGAAAAAAUCUACAACUACUUCAAGGACCUUGUCAUGUGUCACAGCUUACCAUUUCCCCCAAGUAAUUUAAAAAUAUUGUCCCAUGCUGAUGCCACCUCUGUGAUGAGUCUGUUUUGCAAAAUGUAUUUGAGAAACUUGCCACUCAUAAGGUUUCUCUGUUCACCAAAUUUUGCCUUUCAAUGGCAGUAUGAACUGUCAGUGGAAGAGCUACCAGAAAAACCCAAGGACAAGAAAGGGAACAAAAAAGAAAAGGGUGGCAAGAAAGCUACUGAUAAAGGAACCAAAAAAGGCAGUAAAAAAUAAACUAUUUACAUUUUAUUAAUGAACCAUUACAUAAUAAAACUAUUUUUCAUCUUGUAA